AUGGCCACCCUCCUUCCCCCGCCAAAGCGCCAAAAGGUCUACCACGGCAUCCCAGAGCCCGUCCCGGAGCCCCCCAAACCAUGCCCGAACGUCGUCGUGCAGUUUGUCUCCGAGGACGAUGGCCAGCCCCUCGCGCCCGCCGUCAAUCUGCCCGCGGAUGUCUCCAGGGAGGGCCUCGAGGCGCUGGUCAACAAGCUGAAUACAAAGGAUGACGACCCUGUUCCGUUCUCCUUCCACAUCGCGCUGCCCGCGGACGCUACUACCGCAGGGGCGCCCACAAGGAUAGCCAUCACAAAAUCUAUUGAACAGGACGUGCUCGCACAUCCAUCACAACACUUCACCGCGGAAGACGUCUUCGUCGUGCGCUGCUCGCCGCAAGCCGUGUUUCGAGUGCGUCCUGCAACAAGAUGCUCCUCGACGCUGUCUGGGCAUACGUCUCCCAUUCUCUGCGCGGCAUUCUCGCCGACCGGCAACCUGCUUGCGACAGGAUCCGGCGACUGCAAUGCCCGCCUAUGGGAUCUCUCCACCGAGACGCCGUCGCACGUUCUGUCGGGGCACAAAGGCUGGGUACUAUGCGUCGAAUGGGAGGCCAUGGAGAGAAAACUGGCAACAGGUGGCCAUGACGGGCAUGUCCGGCUGUGGGAUCCCAAAACCGGCAAGCCGAUGGGCGAUGCUCUGAAGGGUCAUACAAAGUGGGUCACGUCCCUGUCAUGGGAGCCCGUCCACCUAAACCCGUCCGCUCCGCGUUUGGCAUCGUCUUCGAAAGACGGCACCGUGCGCGUGUGGUCGGUGGCGACCCGCGUCUGUGAAUACGCACUGGGCGGGCACACAGCCAGCGUCAACAUCGUGCGGUGGGGCGGCGGCGGAGUGGACGGCAAGGGUGUGCUGUACACCGCAUCGAGUGACCGAACAAUACGCGUAUGGGAUGCGAACGGGGGCCGGCUAUUGCAUACCCUAAAAGACCAUGCGCACUGGGUUACAACGUUAACCCUGAACACGGACUUUGUCCUGCGCACAGGCCCGUAUGACCACACUGGAAAGAAGUCAGCCUCAGACAGCGAGGCGCAAUCGCUCGCACUCGCGCGCUACAACGCCCUCGCCUCCGCCAACGGCGAGACGCUCAUCUCUGGCUCCGACGACCACACGCUCUUCUUCUGGUCGCUCUUCCCCGCGCGGGCGGCCUCCGGUGCGGCUCACGCGGCGGCGGCGCGCGGCGGGAAGCUGAAGCCCGUCGCGCGGCUGACAGGGCACCAGCGGCAGGUCGCGCACGUCGCGUUCAGCCCGGACGGGCGCUGGGCGGCGAGCGCCGCGUGGGACAACAGCGUGCGCGUGUGGGACGGGCGCACGGGAAAGUUCGUCGCGACGCUGCGCGGGCACAUCGCGGCGGUGUACCGGCUCACGUGGAGCGCGGACUCGCGGCUGCUGGUGAGCGCGAGCAAGGACAGCACGGUGAAGAUCUGGGACCUUAAGACGUACAAGCUGAAGACGGAUCUCCCUGGGCACACGGACGAGGUGUACUGCGUCGACUUUGUCGCGGACAAGAUCGUCAGCGGGGGCAGAGACCGCACCGUUAAAAUUUGGAAGAAUUAA